AUGCUGUACACGAAUACCGACUCGGUAUGGUGUAAAGUAUUCCCCUCUACGCUAAUUACGCUUGGUCAAACGUGGUUCAAAAGCAUACCACCGGCAACUGUCUUCGAUUCCCGCCAGCUCACUUCCAUGUUUGUCACCCACUUCAUCAGUAACAAACGCAGGGAGAAGACUACCGGCAAGAUGAUGUCCAUCAAGGAAGGAGACUCAGAAAGCUUAAGGGACUACGUAGGGCGCUUCAAUGCAGAAGCCGUUACCAUACCCAGUCUGCAGCAGGAGGUAACGGUCUUAGCCCUGAUCACAGGUCUGAAAGAAGGGACUGCCUUCAGAAGCUACCUGGGUCGCAAAAAGCUGACAAGCCUAACAGAAGUCUUAGGGAAGGCAAAUAACUUCAUCGGAGGAGAAGAAUUCGACAAGACAACAACUGCUAAAAGGCCGGAAGGAGAUGGGAAGGAAAAGGAGAAAGACAAGUACUGGAAGGACAAGAAGCCGGACAAUUCCGGUAGGAGGGAGGAAAAUAAUUCGGUAAAGAAGGGUCAGGAAGGGCGAUCUGACUGA